AUGCAACUUUAAGUUGACUUAGACUUUAAAGAAGUCCAACAAAUUAUUAAACAGUAAUGUAAGGACAGAGAAACAGAAAUCAGAAGAUUAUUCGAAAUGGAAUUAAACAAGUAUCAGGCAAAUUGUGAAAAAUAUUUAAUAAAUAUUCAAUAAGAGCAUGAGAGAAUACAAAAUCAAAAUAGAAAUGAUUUAGAAGAAUUUAAUAAACGUAUAGUUUAGAAGUUGAGAUCACUAAAGUAACUUGUAGAAUAGGAAAAGAAUAGUAUAUUAGAUUUAAUAGAAAAAUCUCAAUAGCACCUUUAAAAUUUAGCGUAAAGUAGCAAUCAAUUUCAGGAUAUGGGUGUCAUUUAAUUGAGGGUGGAACUUAAUAAAAGAAAUUAAGAAUAUGAAAAUUUAAAAAAAGAGCUGAAUUAUCUAAGGUAAAGUAAAAAUAAUGAAAGUUAAAGCCUACAGAAGGCAAAAGAAAAAUAAUAAUUGGUUGAGAAGUAAUUGGAGACACUUUAAAAUAUGUCGCAAAACUUAAUUAAUCAACUUAAAGAUAAUCAAUAAUAAUUGAAAUAAACUUAGAAAUAAGAAAAUAUUUACAAAAAAGAUAUACAAGACCUAAAAUAAUAUAUCAAUGAAAUUCUAUAAUGUCUGGAAGAACUUUAAAAUCAAAAUAUUAGUUUAAAACAACAAGUUAAGACAGGAUAGUCAUAAUUAGAUUAUUAGAAAAAAUAACAUGAUUAAUAACUAAUUAACGAAACACUUAAAUUAAAAUAAUAGAAAGAUUUUUUAGAAUAAUAAGCAUUAAAAGCUAAAGAGGAGUACCAAUAAAUCAUAAAAUAAAAAGAUAUAUUUUAAAUUAAUCUUUAAAAAGAACAAGUUGAUUUUGAAAAAUAAAAACUAGAAUUAGAAAAAAAGGCAAAAGAAAAUUUGGCAAAACAAGCCGAAUAAAAAUAGAAAGAAAUUUAAGAAUAAGAAUAGAUAGCUAAAAAAAUUAAAGAAGACUAUGUCUAACAAAUGAAAAAAUUGUAACUAGAAUUUGAUGAAUAAUAAAAAUUAAUUAAAGCAAAUACAAAUGAAGCAGAUAAUAAACUAAACCAAAUACUUUAGUAAAAGGAAAAAGAAUUCGAAGAAGGGAAAAUGUAGUUAGAAUAAAAAUUUAAAAAAGAAACAGAAGAGUAAAACUCAAUAAACUAAAAAAAAAUUGAAGCAAUCAAUAAUAUAAGCAAAGAAAGGGAAUAAGAAAUAUAAAAAUAGCAUUAGCAAUAAGAAUAACAACAUCAAAAACAAGUAAAUGAAUACAAAUAAAAUAUCAAAUUAGCUGAAAAAGAUAUUUAAAAACUUUAAGGCGAAUAUUUUGAAAAAGCUAAAUAACUUGAAGAAGCCUUAGAAACUUCAAAAGUUUAUAAAUAAGAGCUUGAAAAAUUGUAGAAGGAAUAAUCAGAAUUAGAAUAGCAUUUAUAAGAAUCUUUAAAAAAGGAAUUAAUAGAAUAAGAAAAAAAAAAUAAAAUUGAAGCAGAACUCAAUGAAGCAUCUAAAGAAAAAGAAAAACUUUAAGCACACCUCAAAGAUGAAAAAGAGAAAUUUGAACGUGAGUUAGAAAAAGCCAAAGGAAAAUUGUAAAUUUAAGUCAGAGAAAAUAUCGAUCUUUCUUAAAAAUAAUAAGAGGAGAAUUAAAAAAUUUUUUAAGAAUUGGAAGAAAAAUAUAAAAUAGAGCUAAGUGAAUUAGAACAACGAUUAAAAGAUGCUGAUUCUAAAUUUAUAGAGAUCCAAACAAAAAAUAAAGAAACUGAAGAGCUUCUCUAACAAACUAAAGAAAUGAAACAAAGGUAUUAGGAAAAACUUUAAGUUGUAAAAUAAAGCCUUGAUAAAGAAAAAGUAGCCAAAGAACAACUUGAAGCGGAAACAUUAAAAUUAACCAAUAAGGUUGAAAUUUAGUAGGAUAAGCUAAAGGAACUUAAAGAAAAAAAUAAAAAUUUGCAAUCUUAAUCUGAGUAUAAUUUGAAAGAAAUUGAGAAUUAAAAGGAGCUACUUAGUAUAUCGAAUAAAAAAAUAUCUGAAUUAGAAUAAACAGUUAAUUAAGCUAAAUGUUAAGUAAGUUAAGCAAAAGAUAAUUUAGAUAAGUUUAAGAAAAUGCUGUACGAUGAAGAAAAAGUAUUUGAAUAAGAAAAGCUUAAAUUAUAAAAAGAAGCCGAAGAUUUGAAAAAGUAAGCACUAGAAAAUACCAAUCUAUUUUAAUUAUAAUAAGAGGAGAAUAAAAAAAAAAUUUAAGAAUUGGAAGAACUAUCUAAAAUAGAGCAAACUAAACUAGAACAACAAUUAAUAGAAGCUGAUACUAAACUUAAGGAUAUGUAAAUAAAAAAUUAAGAAUUUGAAGAGGUUCUCAAACAAACAAAUGAAAAUAAAAAAAAGUGUUAGGAAAAGCUCAAACAAUAAAAGGAGGACUAUGAAAAAGAAAAGAGUCUGUUUGAAUAGAAAAUAAAACAGGUUGAUGAUGAAGUUGAGAAACUCAAAGUAUCAAACAAAGAUACUGAAGAAGAGCUCCAGAAAACAAGAGAAGAAAAAUAAAAAUAUUAGGAUGGGCUUAAAAAAUACAAAGAAAAUUUUGAUUAAGAAAUAUAGAAAUUGGAAGAUCAAUUAAGAAACGCUGAUGCUGAGGUUGAAAAAAUCAAUAACCAAAACAAAGAAACUUAACAAGAGCAUGAGAAAGCCGAAAAUUAGAAAAAACUUUAUUAAGAAUAAAUUAAAAAAUAAAAGGAGUAAUUUGAACUUAAAAUACAUGAAAUAGAGCAAAAAGCCAAAGAAAAUUUAGAUGCGAAAUCAUUAGAAUAUACCAAAGAGAUUUAAUAGUAGUAGGAGAAUGAUAAAGAUAAGUAUUCUCGAUAGGUUUAAAAAUUGAAAGAAAAUUAUGAAAAAAAAAUAUCAGAUUUGAAAAAGUAAUUAUAAGAAGCAGAAGAAUAGGAAAAAAAAGCCGAAAACAGUUUAAAAGAGAAUUAGCAAUAGCUUUAAAAAUUGAAUUAAGAAUGCAAUCUACCAUAAUAGGAUUAAGCAAUUGUCUAAUUUGAAACAAUAUUAGAAAAUACUUUAAAGAUAAUAUAGGAGCCUAAUUAAUCUGAAAUUGACCCUUAAAAUGAAAAUGAAGAAGCUAUAAUGUAUAAAAAUAUUCUAACCUAUCUAGAUAAUAAACAGAAAGAGUUUAAGAAUAAACAAUAAAUUAAGAAUAGGUAUAAUUAGAAACUUAAACUACUUAAAUACACCAUUAUAUAGAGAACCUUACUAUUAUAUAAUGCUUAGAGGAUAUUAAAAAUAAAAUUAGGAGAACUAAUUAGGAUUUAGAAAAUUCAUGUUUAGGAAUAAUUAUGCAGUUAAAUUUCUAAGUAAUAAAUUAACCUAUUAUUAUUAGAAAGGUUUGUAAUGAAGUUAAUUAAU